AUGGAAGAUGGAGGCGAUGUUUCAGCCGCUUCGGCCGGAGCAGGGUCCUCAGGCGAUGUUCCAGCUGCUUCAGCCGGAGCAGAUGCCUUUGAAGAUGAAGUUGAUUUGGAAAUCGGUGAAGAACAGAGGAAAGCCAUUGUGAAGAAAGAACCACAUCAACCAUCCCAAGCUGAAGUUGACGAACAUGAAAGCACUGGACAUGUUGUCCAUCGGAGCUGGUGCUUGCACUGCAAAAGGGCACGUGUGACUGCUGAUCGCCAUGUGCCUAAGGAACUUGAUGAGCCAGAAACGCAGUUGCCCACGCUGAGCCUGGACUACUUCUAUAUGAACCAGGACCAGGUUGCGGAUGAGGCGACCCUUCCGAGCAUUGUGGCGAAGUGCCACAAGACCAAGAGAUUUUGGGCGAGCGUUCUCCCGGGAAAAGGGGCGGAUGCGUUCGCAAUCGCGUGGCUUGGGGGAGUUUUGGAUGAUGCUGGUUUUAAUAAGGUAAUCCUUAAGUCUGACGGUGAACCCUCCUUGGUAUCCCUUAAACAGAAGGUUAAGGAGAUAAAGACCCACAUCGAAGUGCACUUGGUGGAAACCCCAGUAGAAGACCAUCAAGCCAAUGGGUUUAUCGAAGUGGGAGUGCGAGAGAUAAAACGACAAUGUCGUGCUCUCCUCAGCGACCUGGAGUUCAAGCUGGAAAGGAAGGUAGAUCCGGGCCAUCCACUUUUGGUUUGGCUCCCGCGGCAUGCUGCCUUUCUCUUGACGAGAUACCGAGUAGGUACUGAUGGAAAGACCGCUUUUGAGCGGACCUAUGGACGAAAAUGGCGGAUUCCGCUUGUGAGGUUCGGUGAAAGCAUCCUGUAUAGGCCGAGGGCCAAUCGUGGGGGCAAGAGAAAUGACCUUGCUCCAAGGGUAUCCAUUGGGAUGUACGUUGGAACUGGAAACAGAAAUUCAGACGUCUUUGUCAUGACGGAACGUGGAAUCAUGAAGGGGAACUCGAUCCAUCGACGCCCACCUGACGAUCAGUUCAAACAUGAUCAGUUUGACUCGCUACGUGGCCUUCCUUGGAGGUUGCAAGAACGAGAACAUGGUGGACUGAGGAUCGCCCUUCCCGAUGUUGCAGCGCCUCGUGAAAGGCCUGCAGUGCAAGAAGUGAUCCCAAGGAACCUCUAUGUCACCAAGAAUGACUUGGAAAAGCAUGGGCACACACCUUUGUGUCCUGGAUGUGAAGCAGCAAUACUUGAGAUGCCAAGCCGAGCUCACAAUGCUGAGUGCAGACAAAGAAUCCAGAUCGAACUUGACAAGACUCCAGAAGGUCAAGAAAGGAUCAAAAGAGCGAGAGAGAGAGUUGCACAAGGCAGGCGCCCAAGAGGCGCGGCUGCACCGCCUGAGGGUGGUGGGGCAGAAGGUGGUGAAGCUACACCACCAGUUGUCCCAGGAGGGGAAGUUGAACAACCAGUCUUGCAAGACCGUGUUCCUUUGGAUGCGGAAAUGGAUGCAAGUGAGGCUGUUGGUGAACCACUGGUCGACACCGAUUUUCGUGGAGAACUCAGACAGAGAGAACAAGAAAGAGAAGGAAGCCCAAAGAGGCAGAAACAAGAACAAUCCCGAGGAGAGAAAAGGAGUUCACAAGUCGACGUUGAAGAUCUUUACAAUGAAUCUUCAGCUCAGGCUUCAGGGUCAGCCGGACCACCGGCACCGGAUGCUUCAUCUGGUGUUCCGGAAGGUGCUGCCGCUGCACCAACAAGUCCUGAGACAAACCAGGAGAUGCUACAUCUGUGUUCCUUGCUCAAAGAUGUGAUCGCAAAAGGGAAGGUUGCUGAGAUCUUCUCUCCACCGCGUGUGGCUGCACAAGCCCAAGUGGUCGGGCUAGCACCUGGCUUCUCGAUUGACUUGGAGACAAAGCGUGGUGAUGGAACUCACUGGGACUUGAGUAAAGAUGAACACAUUCGUGAUCUGUUUCAACUGCUUGACUAUGAGAAACCAGAGUUCCUCGGCGGCUCACCUCCCUGUGGGCCAUUCUCGAAGCUGCAAAACAUUGUGGAUGCGAAGGGCAAUGUUUCACCUGAAGUUCGAGCGCAGAGACUAAAAGAUGGUCGCAAACAUCUGCGCACGGCAGUUUCAGCGUAUGAGCAUCAAAUGAAUGCUGGAAGGUACUUCUACCAUGAGCACCCUAAAGGGGCCGCUUCGUGGGAAGAGAGAGCUGUGAAGAGACUGAGGGCAGAUGAACGGGUGUAUGAGGAGGAGUUUUGGAAGCAGCUGCCCGACAGCGAUGACACCAUCGUGGAGCCAGUGCUUGACGCACACUCCGGUGCUGUCUUGGAUGUUGACAAGGUCAGAGCCUCGAGCACUCUUCAGAGCACGAUCAGCUUGAGUUCCGGUGAAGCGGAAUACUACUCGAUCGUUCGAGGAGUUUCCAUCGGAAUGUCGCUACAGGAGAUCUUGCGAGGAGGGGUGACGGGAUAUAGGGUUCUCACUAGUUGCUACGCCAACCUUUGGCUCAAGAACACCGCUGGAAACAGCUUGGUUCGUGGGGUGCAAUUUGCUCAUGAGGAUGUGGAGCCCCGGACGGUGAUGCGCAACGUGAAGCCCGAAGAUCGUACCCGACCCCAUGGUGGCGGCCGACACAGCUUCAGCAUGAAUAGGAAGCCCGUCCUGGCGUAUUCGAUCGCUGACACCAGAGAGGGCAAGAUUGCCGAAAGUGCCGGCAGCGUGUUGCGCCGCAUGCGAGUCAUGCUGGAAGAAGAUUACGUGAACAUGGCCUCCUUGAGGCAGCAGUACUUCCGUCCACUCUACAGGGUUGGAAAGUGGCGUGCGGACUACAACAUGCGGUUGGCUCGUCGAACGAAGCUCCGACGGAUCAAGGAGAAGUUCGAACAAGCCUGGGACCAGUGGAUGCGCUCUGAGGGACGACGACUGGGACUGACGGAGCCCGUCCGUUUCAGUGGACCCAAACUGGGAGCCGAGCUCACUGAAGAGUUGGAUGCUGCCACCGAUCCGGAGGACGUGAUGAAGGCGCUCCCCACCAAACAGGA